CUCAUGCACACCGGUUCCUUCUAAGAUCCCAAGAAAUAACAGGAAGCUGACAUUGUGAACUUGUGGAAACAACAUGACCAAGCUCACUAUUCUCGCAGGCCUGUGCCUGGUGAUGUGCCAGCUGGCGACUGCCUCUCAGAUGGUGUGCUACUUCACCAACUGGUCCCAGUACAGACCCGGGACAGGCAAAUACACGCCCCAGAACGUGGAUCCCUUCCUGUGCACUCACCUGAUUUACGCCUUCUCCAUCAUCAACAACAGAAAUGAGCUGGUUACAUACGAGUGGAACGAUGAGACCCUGUACAAGAGCUUCAACGGCCUGAAGAGCAAGAAUCCUGAGCUGAAGACCUUACUGGCUGUUGGAGGAUGGAACUUCGGCUCAACUCAGUUCUCUAUCAUGGUGUCCACUCCUGCUAACCGAAAGACGUUCAUCCAGUCCUCCAUCAAAUUCCUGAGGACUCACGGAUUUGACGGUCUGGAUCUGGACUGGGAGUACCCUGGAUCCCGUGGAAGCCCCCCAGAAGACAAGAAGAGGUUUAGUCUGCUCUGCAAGGAACUUGUUGAAGCAUACGCAGCUGAGGCCAAGACCUCCGGCAAGCCUCAGCUUAUGCUGACUGCUGCUGUGUCUGCUGGAAAGGGAACCAUCGACGCCGGAUAUGAGAUUGCUGAGAUUGCUAAACACCUUGACUUCAUCAACGUGAUGACCUAUGACUUCCACGGAGCUUGGGACAGAUUCACAGGACACAACAGCCCACUGUACCGUGGCUCCCAUGACACCGGGGACCUCAUCUACUUCAACACUGACUUUGCCAUGAAGUACUGGAGAGACAAGGGCACCCCAUCUGAGAAACUGAUGAUGGGAUUCGCUGCUUAUGGUCGUACCUUCCGUCUGACUUCGUCAAACACUGGCGUUGGAGCUCCAGCUAGCGGCCCCGCUUCGGCCGGACCUUACACCCGUGAAGCUGGAUUCUGGUCCUACUAUGAGGUUUGCACCUUCCUGAAGGGCACCACCGUUCAGUGGAUCGAUGACCAGAAAGUUCCCUACGCCGCCAAGAACAACGAGUGGGUUGGAUUUGACACCAAGGAGAGCUAUGAAACCAAGGUUGAGUACAUGAAGAACAUGAAGUUUGGCGGUGCCUUUGUGUGGGCCUUGGACCUGGACGACUUUAAGGGCGAGUUCUGCGGCGAGGGAAACCAUCCUCUGCUGUCACAUCUGCGCAAACUCGUUGAUUCCAACAUGCCUCCACGUCCAACGACGACGACCAAGAGGCCGGCAGUCACAACCACAACCUCCAAACCUGUUCCCACCGCUGAACCAGUCACACCCAAACCCAGCACCACCACCACCACCAAAGCUCCAUCCACCAAGACCAACCUUCCCAUCCCAGGAAGAGGCUUCUGCAAAGACAAGGCAGAUGGCACGUACGCCAACCCAGAAGACCGCGCCAGCUUCUAUGUGUGUGCAGGAGGCCGGACCUACCUGAGGACCUGCGGAGCCGGCACCGUCUUCAACGAUAGCUGCAAGUGCUGCGUGUGGCCUUAAGUGUUUCGCUAAAAGGUGAAAACCACCGACUUGUACAAGCAGAUCGCUUCAGAAAGAGCCGCCUUUGUUCUUUUGACCGUAGAGAUGACAUCAGGAUGUUUGGAAACCAGCUUGUAGUAAAGUUUGAAUGUGUAUUUUCCAACAGAAUAAAGGUACAAUGAAUCAAA